AUGGGAGAGACCGAUCGUAGUCGUGUCCCUCUCUCCGUAGACCCCAUCCCUGAGUCGGAGAAGACUCACCUGCUCGGCCCGGAAAGACAGGAUGGCAACUCUUCGUUUUCAACCCCAGACAACUUUCUUUCAUCCUCAACUCCCCGAAAGAAUGGCUACGAGCCAAUGACACCUGGUGUCGACAUGGACCUUUCGACCCUCAACGGCGCCGCACAUAACCAGAGUACCGCCCCAUCUCAACUUGACAAAUCGAGCUUCUACGGAAGAGACCCCUUUGGCAUCUCAGUGGAAGGUGCUAUCAACCAAAUCUCAUUCGCACGUGUCCCCGUCGGUUCGAAAAGCAGCUCGCCUGCCACACCACGUUCCAACAAAGGCCUUCUGGGCACACCAAAGCCUGGACCUGCAUCACCACGAACAGAACGCCGCGCCGUACCGUUGUCACCCGAAUCAGACCAGGACAUUAUCUCGCCUCUGCAGUCACCUUGGUCGUCUCCAGACGGGAAACGCAGAGCAAAUUCAAAAGGCAAAACAUCAAUGGCGUGGGACGAUCCGCCAAAGUCUUCAAAGCCAUGGCCUCUCAUAGAGGCCGAGGAAAUGGGUGACCUAGGUCAAGCGACUCCAGGUCAGGCCACUUCAAUCGACGUCUGGUCAAAGUUCGACGAGACGGGAUGA